UGUGUGCGCGCGUGGAGAGGGGUCGUCGUUCCCCGUCGCUUUCCCCCCCCCCAAAUCGGCCCCGUACCUUCCCCCUCCCCCCGCCCCGGCGCCGUUUCCCCCGCAGCCGGGCGGGGGAGGAGGAUGGAAACACCCUUCUACCAUGAUGAUGUGUUGAGCGGCCUGGGCAGCGGCUUCGCCCCGUCCUCCGGUAGCAGCGGGCUCCUCCUGCCCUUCCACGGCGGCAGCAUGAUGAAGAAGGACGCGCUCGGGAUGGCCUUACCGGAGCAGGUAGCGGCGGCUUUGAAAGCACCGGGAGGUGCGAGCAGCGGCGAAGCGGCGGGGCUGCUGGGCUCGGCGGAGCUGGGGCUGCUGAAGCUGGCGUCCCCCGAGCUGGAGCGGCUCAUCAUCCAGUCCAACGGGCUGGUGACCACCACCCCGACCAGCGGGCAGUUCCUCUACCCCAAAGCGGCCGCCUCCGAGGAGCAGGAGUUCGCCGAAGGCUUCGUGAAAGCGCUGGAGGAUUUGCACAAGCAGAACCAGCUGGGAGCGGCCGGAGGAGGAGGAGGAGGUGGAGGAAGCAGCAGCAGCAGCAGCAACGCGGGCGACUUGCCCGCCGCCGGGCUCGCCCCGGAGCCUCCGGUUUACGCCAACCUCAGCACUUACCCCGCCGUCAGCUACGCCGCGGACCCCGGGCCCUUCGCGGCUCCCCCCCCGCGGCUCCCCCCGCCGCCGCCGCCCCCUCCUCCUCCGUUAAAGGACGAACCGCAGAUCGUCCCGGAGGUGCCGAGCUUCGGGGAGAGCCCCCCGCUCUCCCCCAUCGACAUGGACACGCAGGAGCGCAUCAAGGCGGAGAGGAAACGGCUGAGGAAUCGCAUCGCCGCUUCCAAGUGCCGUAAGAGGAAACUGGAGAGGAUCUCCCGCCUGGAGGAGAAGGUGAAGAGCCUCAAGAGCCAGAACACGGAGUUGGCCUCCACCGCCAGCCUCCUGCGCGAGCAGGUCGCCCAGCUCAAGCAGAAGGUGCUCAGCCACGUCAACAGCGGCUGCCAGCUCCUGCCCCAGCACCAGCACCAGGUGCCGGCGUACUGAGCACCGGGGGCACGGACUGGGGGGGCUGCAUCGCCCCCAGCCCCCGGGCAUGGACCGGGGGACACGGACAGGGGGGUUCAUGGCCCCCCAAUCCCCGGGCAUGGACCGAGGGGGCAUGGACAGGGGGGUUCAUCGCCCCCCAACCUCCGGGCAUGGACCAGGGGACACGGACAGGGGGGGUUCAUCGCCCCCCAACCUCUGGGCAUGGACCAGGGGACACGGACAGGGGGGGUUCAUGGCCCCCCAACCCCUGGCAUGGACUGAGGGGGCUUCACCCCUCCUGCAGGGACCGAGGAGCCUUUUUUUCUCCAGCCCCCAGGGAUCGUGGGGGACACAGAUUGAGACUGCUUCACCCCUGGGCACGGACUGAAGGGUCUUCUUUCCCCCCACUCCACGGGGGACCGAGGGUGUUUCCCACCACCCCCCCAGCAUGGACUGAGGGGCCCCACGGAACUGGGAGGGGGGGUGGGUUUGAAAUGGGGGGAGUGGGGGCUGCCCUCCCACCCUGUGAAUGGACUGAAGGGGGGAGCCUGGGACUCCCCCACACCCCAGACAUUCCAGUCAGGCCCCAGUAAAACCCCACAACUUGGA